GCUUCUAUCUUGACGAUCCACUUCCAAGCCGGAACUAUUCUUUGCUUUGGAUACAUGAUAUAGAGUCGGGCUUUGGAGGUUUCAGAGCAGGCGGGAAGGCCAAGCGAGGUUGAACUCUGCUCGAAGAGAACGAUAGAGCGAGCCGUUUGGUGAAGAGUUAUUGAACAUGGAACUUCCUUCUAAUAUUCAGGUUCCGCUCGUAUUGGCUGGAGAGAAUCCGCUCCGUGUUGUUCCACGAAUAUCACGCUGUCGACCUAUCUGGGAUCCUGUACAAGCACGCUUUGCGCCAUGUUUUCUGCCCAUCGUUAGUGCCAUACCCGCAGUCAUUGGAGUAUUGGUACUGCUGUUCUACUCAUUUCGCCUUGUCACCCCUUACCUGCCCGGUUGGACGAAGCCUUUCAUCAGGGAGCCAAAGCAAAGCACGGAUGAUCUCCCGGAGGCAGCUCCUCGUCGGCGCUGGAGCACCGCAACGUCUGGACUACUUAUUGUGUCUGCGGUAGGUUUGGCGUUACAGGCGGCGGUGGUGCUUCACCCGUACUUGCAGCUUGAUGCUCUCUUCGCAUCUGUUGCGUGGGGAAUCGCCGUCGCUAUAGUCGUCCUAAAACGACCCAGGACAGCUUCCAUAUCCCUCCUUGUCAUCUUCGCCUCCAUCCUGCUAACUCAGCUCAUCGUUGUCUACCAUCAACGCACCCUUUACACGCCAGGCCGAAACGUUCUCCGCGCCCUGCCAACCGUCACGUCUCUUCAAGGCAUCGUCCUCGUCCUUAAUAUGCCCCUCCGCGACCCCAACCUCCCGCACUACGACAUCGCCAAACCCUAUAGUACCCCCACAUCCGGCCUGCGCUCACCAGAAGACAAUCUCACGCCAUGGCAGUACAUGACUGUCUCCUGGAUGAGCCCACUCAUCCGCAAAGGUGUCACCGAGCAGCUCAACGACGACGAUGUUUGGGACCUAGGCUACGAGUUCAAGCACGCGCAAUUGCACAGUGCGUUUCGCACGUUGAAGGGAUCCGUGACGAGGAGGUUGCUGUGGGCGAAUGGGAUGGAUCUUGUGCGCACAACGACGUUGUCGCUGGUCCAGCUCGCUGCAACACUGUUGACUCCGGUGCUUUUGCAGCGCCUGCUCGCUUCCAUGAACGAUAAUGGGCUAUCUCCGCGUAGCGCGACAAUCAUGUACGCCCUGAUCUCGGUUACGCUGCGUUUGAUCUCUGCGCAAUGCAAUGUGUUUACCCUGUGGUAUAGCAGGAGGGUGUAUGAGCGGUCCAGAGGUGAGAUGAUUACCAUGCUUUAUGAGAAGACGCUCAAGCGGAAGAUCUUGGGUACUAGAGAACCUGAUGUCGAGCCUGAACCUGUGCCAAAUGGAGAGGUUGGAGAGCAGGCUGAUGGAAAUGCUGCUGGGAACGAGAACGGGAAUGCAGAUGCAAAUGCCCAUGUCUCGGCGCAGAAGAAGUCAUUCGGUGCGGUUGGGAGAUUCUUCAAGAGUGCGAGGAUAAUCGUGGGAGCAGCGUUUGCGAAAAGGAAAAAAGACGCCAAGAGGGAGGAUGCUGCGUCCACGGGGAAGAUAUUGAAUCUGAUGCGCAACGACGUCUAUGAAGUCGCACAAAGAUUCUGGGACUUCCCGGACAUAAUCACCAAACCAGCCGGCGCAAUAUUCGCAACCCUACUGAUUUGGAGAAUGCUGGGUUGGGCGUGUCUGCUCGGUGUGCUCGCACUGCUAGCAUCGCAGACAUUCAACAUCGUUAUAGCGCGCUACAACAUCUACUUUGAGAAAAAGCGCAGGGUCGCGACCGACGAGAAGCUCCAACGGAUCACCCAGUUCAUCGAAUCCAUCCGACAUUUGCGAUGGUAUGGGUGGCAAGAUGCAUGGAUGAAGGGAAUCCUCGAAUGGAGGCAGAGAGAGCUGCACCUUCGUGUCAUUCUGAUCUGCUUCAUGACCACACUAGCAUUUAUCCUGUACCUCGGAUCAGGCCUCUUCCCGGCGGUUGCUUUUUACGCUUUCACGAAGAUCGAGGGGAAGCCGUUGCGAGUGGAGAUCAUCUUCCCGGCUAUGGAUUUGUUCUCGCUGCUGGAGUCGCAUCUCCGUGCUUUACCGCAAUUGAUCACGGUGCUGCUGAACGCCUAUGUGGCUAUGGGAAGGAUAGAGCAUUUCAUGCAAGAGCCGGACAAGGAAGAGGUGGAUGUGGUGCCUGAAGGAUCUGCUGAGCUUCGACUGGAGAAUGCGUCGUUCGCUUGGCCUGGGCUCGGGAAGAACGUUUUGCAUAACAUUACGUUGUCGUUUCCCUCUGGCUUGACUGUCAUCUAUGGAGAAGUGGCAUCCGGGAAGACUGCGCUUUUGCUGGCUCUGCUGGGCGAAUUGGACAGGACGGGAGGAGACUUCGUUCGCCCAGAAGAGGUGAUUGGAUACUGUGCUCAGACGCCUUGGCUUCAGAGCAUGAGUAUCAGAGACAAUAUCUUGUUCUCGUAUCCCUACGAGGAGGCGAGAUAUAGGGAGGUACUGGAGGCCUGCGCCUUGGUGCCUGACAUGGCCGAACUCAAGCACGGGGAUCUGUCCAAUAUCGGGGAGAAUGGAAUUGGCUUGUCUGGUGGGCAGAAGGCGCGUGUGGCCCUUGCAAGGACGGUGUACAGCAAGGCGAAGAUGCUGUUUUUGGACGAUCCGUUAUCAGCACUCGAUCACCAGACGGCGGAGUACAUUGUCAAGAAGCUGUUCGCUGGGCCCUUGCUGAAGGAUAGGACAACGGUACUCGUUACCCACCGAACGGAGCUCUGCCACGGCCUCGCGAAGCUGUGGGUGGAGCUUGACAAGGGAAGAGCUAUUAUUCACGAACCUACGGAGGCUGAAGAUACUCCCCUCAAGCGAACAGACACGCAUGCGUCAACUAAUGAGGAGGACCAGAAGAAGGGCGAGGAUGAGCAAGCUGCCGCUGUCCCAGACAAAUUCAUCGAGGACGAGCACCGUGCCAAAGGCACCGUGAAGCUUCACAUAUACUGGCGAUACAUCAAAGCCGGGACGCUCCGAUGGUGGGCCAUUUCCGUCGUCGUCAUGGCACUGUACCGCACCUUCGACGUUGGACAGACCUGGUUCAUCAAAGCCUGGGGUGAAGGCUACGACACGGGCAACAAAGGCGGGCUGUUCAAAUGGCUUCCUCCUCCGGCGGAAAACGUCAUUCCCUGGCUUCAAUGGUUCUUCCUCUUCGUCACCGCCGCUGCAAUCCUCUUCUCGUUGACCAACCUCAUCAUGUUCGGAGUCGGAUACCAUGCGGCGAAGAACAUCUUCAGAGAAGCUAUUUGGCGCGUCGCUUAUGCAAAUUUUAGAUUCUACGACGUCACGCCUGUGGGGAGGCUGAUGAAUCGUCUCACGUCGGACAUGAACACGAUUGAUGGGGAAUUGAGCUACUACUUCACUGUCUUUGGGUGGUUAUCCAUUGGGUGGAUAUCCUGUGUGGUGGUUAUCCUUUCGUCCACGCCGGCCUUUAUGGCUUUUGGGGUGGUGCUGUCGUUUGGAUAUUGGUAUUACUUCAAGCAGUAUCUGCCUACUUCGCAGAGCCUGAGACGUUUGGAGAUGGUGUCUCUUAGCCCCUUGAUGUCCAACUUCGGCGCCCUUGUCGGCGGCCUCACCACCAUCCGUGCCUUCUCCGCCCAGCCACGGUUCCUUGCCGGUGUCAUCAACGUCGUCGACCUAUUCCAGAAAAACGACCACUUCUACUGGUCGCUACAAGCAUGGCUCGCCCUCCGUCUCUCUGCUAUGAGCGCUUCCUCUACUCUUAUCAUGGCCCUAAUCGCCAUCUACACGGGCAUUUCCCCCGGCCUAACUGCCUUCGUCCUCAUCACUGCAAGUCGCUUUGUCCAAUACACGGAAAGCAUAUGCCGGAAUUACGGCCGUCUAGAGAUGGACUUCACCUCCGUAGAGCGUGUCAUGGAGCUCCUCGACCUUGAAACCGAACCCCUAGGCGACGUCGACCCGCCGGCUUACUGGCCCACCUACACGGGUGACAUCGUCUUCAACAACGUCACGAUCCGCUAUGCGCCGCACCUGGAACCGGCCCUCUCAAACAUCACGCUGCGCAUCCCCGCCGGCAGCCACACGGCCAUCAUCGGCCGCACCGGUUCCGGCAAAUCGACCCUCGCCCUCUCCCUUCUCGCAACCGUCGUCCCCGAGCCAGGCGGCUCCAUAACCGUCGACGGCAUCGACCUCGCCGCCGUCAAGCGCGCCACCUUACGCAGCAGAAUCACCUUCCUGGCCCAAGACCCCGUCCUCUUCGCUGGAACCAUCCGUUCCAACCUCGAUCCCCUGGACGAAUACUCGGACGCCGCCUGCCUCGCCGUCCUAUCCAAGAUCCACGCCGAAUCCUACAACUGGACGCUCUCGACCGCCAUCACUCCCCACGGCGCCAACCUGUCCCAGGGCCAGCGCCAGCUCAUCGCCCUGGCGCGCGCCAUGCUGCGGCGUUCGCCGAUCCUGAUCAUGGACGAGGCGACUGCUAGUAUCGAUUUCGAGACGGCGGCGCGGAUCCAGCAUGUCCUGCGGGAGGAGAUGAGGCAGAGUACCGUGGUGACGAUUGCCCAUCGGUUGGAGGCUGUGAAGCAGGCGGAGUGGGCGGUGAUGCUGAGCAAGGGGCGGGUGGAGCGGUUCGGGAGGGCGGAGGAGAUGGUUCGCGAGGGGGGAGAAUGGGCGGAGAUGUUGGCGUAGGGGGGAUUGUGCGGGAGAAGGAUUAACGUGAUGAGGGUGAUUUUGGCGGCGUUCUGGGGUAAUG